CACCGAGCAACCACUCCCGUCCGCCUCCCGUCUCCCCUCCCCUCCUCACGCUGUCACGCAGCCCGUGUCCCCGUCUCGUCUCGCGGGCUCCUCCUCCUCUGCUCGGCUGCUCUGCUUCCCGCCAUGGCGUCCUCGACGGGGAGCUUGGAGCACGGGGGUUUCACGUUCACGCCGCCGCCCUUCAUCACCUCCUUCACCGAGCUGCUCUCCGGCUGCGGGGACAUGCUCGGCGCCGACCAGGAGCGGUCGCCGAGGGGCCUGUUCCACCGCGGGGCCAGGGGCGGCGUGCCCAAGUUCAAGUCCGCGCAGCCGCCCAGCCUGCCCAUCUCGCCGCCGCCCAUGUCGCCGUCCUCGUACUUCGCCAUCCCGGCCGGGCUCAGCCCCGCCGAGCUGCUCGACUCGCCCGUCCUGCUCAACUCCUCCUCUAACAUCCUGGCGUCCCCGACCACCGGCGCCAUCCCGGCGCUGAGGUUCGACUGGAAGCAGGCCGCCGAGCUGAUCGCCUCGCAGCAGCAGGAGGAGAGCCGGGCGGCGGGCGGCGGCUUCAACGACUUCUCCUUCCACACGGCCAGCUCCAACGCCAUGCCCACGCAGACAGCUUCCUUCCCAACAUUCAAGGAGCAGCAGCAAGUGGAAGCCGUGAACAAGAAGAGCGUCGCCGCCGCGACGAACAACAACAAGGCCGGCAGCGGCAACAACAACAGCAACAGCAACACCAAGCUCGAGGACGGUUACAACUGGCGCAAGUACGGCCAGAAGCAGGUGAAGGGGAGCGAGAACCCGCGCAGCUACUACAAGUGCACCUACCACAGCUGCUCCAUGAAGAAGAAGGUGGAGCGGUCCCUGGCCGACGGGCGCAUCACGCAGAUCGUGUACAAGGGCGCGCACAACCACCCGAAGCCGCUCUCGACGCGCCGCAACUCCUCCGGCGGCGUCGCGGCGGCGGAGGACCAGCAGGCCGCCAGCGGCCUCUCCCAGGCAGCAGGCUGCGGGCCGGAGCACUCCGGCGCGACGCCCGAGAACUCGUCGGUGACGUUCGGCGACGACGAGGCCGAGAACGGGUCGCAGCGGAGCGACGGCGACAAGCCCGACGCCAAGCGCUGGAAGGAGGAUGGCGAGAACGAGGGCAGCUCCGGCGGCGCCGGCGGCAAGCCCGUGCGCGAGCCCCGGCUGGUGGUGCAGACGCUGAGCGACAUCGACAUCCUGGACGACGGGUUCCGGUGGCGCAAGUACGGGCAGAAGGUGGUGAAGGGGAACCCGAACCCGCGGAGCUACUACAAGUGCACGACGCCGGGGUGCCCCGUGCGGAAGCACGUGGAGCGCGCGUCGCACGACCACCGCGCCGUGAUCACCACCUACGAGGGCAAGCACAACCACGACGUGCCCGUCGGCCGCGGCGCCGCCAGCCGCGGCGCCGCCGCCGCCGCGCCGGCGGCCCAGCCGCUGGCGGCGCCCGCCGGCGCCAUGAUGCCCUACACCCUGGAGAUGCUCGAGGGCAGCGCAGGAGGCGCCUACGGCGGCUACGCGGCGGCCGCCAAGGACGAGCCGCGGGACGACCUGUUCGUCGACUCGCUCCUCUGCUAGCUACCGACAUCGCCUCUCUCCGUGCACGGCGGGCGGCUCGCCGGCCUCUGUACGCGUACAAUCGCUACACCCGCGCGCACACACACAGGAACGCGAUCUGUACACAACACUUGUAGGUGUUUUUAGCAGAUAGGAAGGGAAAUUUGUUGAUUCGUUGGUGGAAGGCCUUUUUUCCGCCAGGGCGGCUGGGCGAUCAGAGAGAGCAGAGCAGUACACGUACACGUGUACUGUAUGCACACACAUACGGUUUUGUAUCAUUGUACCUGGUCGGAAAGGUCGUAUAUAUAGUGAUGAAAAAGUCAAUAAAGACUGAACUUUAUUCUAUGUCUUCUACUGUAGUAGGAGUAGUAGUGUGAAUUACAGAAAAAAUUUAUACCCAGAGUACAGAGUAUGUACACAAUCAAGCAGUUUUGCCUUCGUUC